UGCAGUUCGAGAGGGACAGAGUGGUACCUUUCUGAUCAGGCGUCGCCCCGGGCAGCCUCACCUCCUUCUGGGGCUUCCGUGCGGCAGGAGGGCUCAGUUAUUGCGCCUCCAAGAUGGCGACGCUGUUGGCGGUAAAUUCGGCUGCUAGUCUGUGGGGUCCUUACAAAGACAUUUGGCAGACUGUGGGAAAUGCUCUCUGGAGAAGACAACCUGAAGCGGUCCACCUCCUUGACAUGAUUUUGAAGAAACACAAACCUGACUUCAUCUCAUUGUUCAGAAACCCUCCAAAAAACGUUCAACAACAUGAGAAGGUUCAGAAAGCCAGCACAGAGGGAGUUGCCAUUCAGGGUCAACAGGGAACCCGACUUCUUCCCGAACAGCUCAUUAAAGAGGCUUUUAUCCUCAGUGACCUUUUUGAUAUUGGAGAACUGGCAGCUGUUGAACUUCUUUUGGCUGGAGAGCACCAACAGCCACAUUUUCCUGGCCUCACCAGAGGAUUAGUAGCUGUUCUUUUAUACUGGGAUGGAAAGCGAUGCAUUGCAAAUUCCCUGAAAGCCUUGAUACAGUCCCGACGAGGAAAGACAUGGACCCUUGAACUCAGUCCGGAGCUGGUUUCCAUGACAACACGGUUUACUGAUGAGCUGAUGGAGCAAGGAUUGACUUACAAAGUUCUUACUCUGGUGUCACAGAUUGAUGUUAACAAUGAGUUUGAGAAACUGCAGCGUGAGAGAGGUUUGGGCAGUGAAAAACAUCGAAAAGAGGUUUCAGAUCUCAUCAAGGAGUGCAGGCAGUCUCUGGCGGAAAGCCUUUUCGCCUGGGCUUGCCAGUCACCUUUAGGCAAAGAUGACACUCUCCUCCUUAUUGGACAUUUGGAAAGAGUGACGGUUGAGGCCAAUGGCUCGUUGGAUGCAGUGAACCUGGCUCUUCUUAUGGCGCUUUUGUACUGCUUCGAUAGCAGCUUUAUAGAAGAAAGCACAGAGGAACGUGAUGAUAUGAUUCACCAACUUCCACUGUUGACAGAGAGGCAAUACAUUGCAACAAUUCACUCUCGCCUUCAAGACUCACAGCCUUGGAAGCUGCCAGGGCUGCAAGCCACAGUGAGACUUGCCUGGGCCCUGGCCUUGAGAGGGAUAUCUCAGCUGCCCGAUGUGACAGCUCUGGCUGAAUUCACAGAAGCAGAUGAAGCAAUGGCAGAGCUUGCAAUUGCUGACAACGUUUUCCUGUUCCUCACUGAAUCUGUAGUGGUGUCAGAAAACUUCUAUCAGGAGGAAUUUUACAUUCGUAGAAUCCACAAUCUCAUUACAGAUUUCUUGGCACUUAUGCCAAUGAAGGUGAAGCAGUUGAGGAAUCGGGCAGAUGAAGAUGCUCGAAUGAUUCACAUGAGUAUGCAGAUGGGGAAUGAUCCCCCCAUUUCACUUAGAAGGGAUCUGGAACACUUAAUGCUCUUGAUCGGUGAGCUAUAUAAAAAGAAUCCUUUCAAUUUAGAACUUGCGCUGGAAUACUGGUGUCCAUCAGAGCCUCUUCAGACUUCCACUAUCCUGGGUUCUUAUCUUGGGGUGGCUCACCAACGACCCCCUCAACGCCAGGUUGUCUUGUCAAAGUUUGUUAGGCAAAUGGGCGACCUGUUGCCUCCAACUAUUUAUAUUCCUUACUUGAAGAUGCUGCAGGGAUUGGCCAAUGGGCCCCAGUGUGCCCACUACUGUUUCAGCCUGCUCAAAGUCAAUGGGAGCAGUCAUGUUGAAAAUAUCCAGGGAGCAGGUGGCAGUCCUGUUUCCUGGGAACAUUUCUUUCACUCCUUGAUGCUUUACCACGAGCACCUCCGGAAGGAUCUUCCGAGCGCAGAUAGUGUCCAGUACCGCCACCUGCCUUCACGCGGUAUCACCCAGAAGGAGCAGGAUGGGUUGAUUGCUUUUCUGCAGCUGACAUCUACCAUCAUUACUUGGAGUGAAAAUGCCCGUUUGGCACUCUGUGAGCAUCCCCAGUGGACCCCCGUGGUGGUGACCCUGGGCCUCCUGCAGUGCAGUAUCCCUCCUGUGCUAAAGGCUGAACUACUGAAGACACUUGCAGCGUUCGGAAAAUCGCCUGAAAUUGCUGCUUCUCUCUGGCAGUCGUUGGAAUAUACUCAGAUACUGCAGACUGUUCGGGUUCCAAGCCAGAGGCAAGCAAUUGGUAUUGAGGUGGAACUAAAUGAAAUAGAAUCCCGGUGUGAAGAAUACCCUUUAACUCGCGCCUUUUGCCAGUUAAUUAGUACCCUGGUGGAGAGCUCCUUUCCUUCUAAUUUGGGUGCUGGGCUGCGGCCCCCCGGUUUUGACCCUUAUUUGCAGUUCCUGCGAGAUUCCGUGUUUCUCCGAUUCCGUACAAGGGCUUACCGGAGAGCAGCUGAAAAGUGGGAAGUUGCUGAGGUUGUUUUGGAGGUGUUUUAUAAAUUACUCAGAGAUUAUGAACCUCAACUUGAAGAUUUUGUGGAUCAGUUUGUGGAACUACAAGGAGAAGAAAUCAUAGCCUAUAAGCCACCAGGAUUUAGUCUGAUGUAUCACCUUCUGAAUGAGUCACCGAUGCUGGAGCUUGCCCUUAGUUUACUGGAGGAAGGUGUUAAACAGCUGGAUACCUAUGCUCCUUUCCCUGGAAAGAAGCACCUGGAGAAAGCAGUGCAGCAUUGCCUUGCGCUUCUCAAUCUUACUCUGCAGAAGGAAAACCUCUUCAUGGAUCUGCUGAGAGAGAGUCAGCUGGCUCUGAUCGUCUCUCCGUUAGAACAGCUAUUGCAGGGAAUCAAUCCCAGAACCAAGAAGGCGGAUAAUGUGGUGAACAUUGCCAGAUACCUGUAUCAUGGCAAUACUAAUCCAGAAUUGGCUUUUGAAAGUGCCAAGAUCCUCUGCUGUAUCUCUUGCAAUUCCAAUAUUCAGAUAAAAUUGGUUGGAGAUUUCACACAUGACCAGAGUGUAAGUCAGAAGCUGAUGGCUGGUUUUGUGGAGUGUUUGGAUAGUGAAGAUACAGAAGAAUUUGUACGUCUAGAAGAGGGCUCAGAACUUGAAAAGAAAUUAGCUGGAAUCCGUCAUGAAACAAGAAUUCACAUCUUGAAUCUUCUCAUUACCUCUUUGGAACGCAAUCCACCCAAUCUUGCUCUCUACCUGUUGGGCUUUGAAUUAAAGAAACCUGUCAGUACCACAAACCUGCAAGACCCAGGAGUGUUAGGCUGCCCUCGGACCUGCCUUCACGCCAUCUUGAACAUCUUGGAGAAGGGAACUGAAGGGAGAACAGGCCCGUUGGCGGUGAAGGAAUCCCCUCAACUCGCUGAGCUGUGUUACCAGGUGAUUUACCAGUUAUGUGCAUGCUCUGAUACAUCUGGUCCUACCAUGAGGUACUUGAGAACCAGCCAGGACUUCUUAUUUUCUCAGUUGCAGCAUUUGCCAUUUUCUAACAAAGAAUAUGAAAUAUCUAUGCUGAACCAGAUGUCAUGGCUGAUGAAGACUGCCUCAAUAGAACUAAGGGUAACUUCUUUGAAUCGCCAACGCUCUCACACCCAGAGGCUCCUCCACCUCCUGCUGGAUGACAUGCCAGUGAAGCCCUACUCAGAUGGGGAAGGAGGCAUGGAAGAUGAAAAUAGGUCUGUCUCUGGGUUCCUGCACUUUGACACUUCUACAAAAGUACGUCGCAAAAUUCUCAGUAUUCUCGACUCCAUUGACUUCAGCCAGGAGAUCCCUGAGCCUUUGCAGUUGGAUUUCUUUGACCGGGCCCAGAUUGAACAAGUUAUUGCUAACUGUGAACACAAGAAUCUACGGGGACAGACAGUCUGCAAUGUCAAGCUUCUUCACAGAGUUCUUGUAGCCGAAGUGAACGCCCUUCAGGGUAUGGCAGCCAUAGGACAGAGACCUCUCCUGAUGGAUGAAAUCAGCACCAUACUCCAGUACGUGGUAGGAAGAAACAAACUGUUGCAGUGUCUUCAUGCAAAACGGCAUGCUCUGGAGUCAUGGAGGCAGCUGGUCGAAAUUAUCCUGACAGCCUGUCCCCAGGACCUCAUUCAAGCCGAGGAUCGCCAGCUGAUUAUUCGUGAUCUUUUACAAGAUGUGCAUGAUAAGAUCCUGGAUGAUGAAGCAGCGCAGGAAUUAAUGCCCGUGGUAGCAGGUGCCGUGUUCACCCUGACCGCUCACCUAAGCCAAGCCGUUCGCACAGAGCAGAAGCAGCCCUUAGUCUUGGGACCUGGAGAGGUCCAUUGUGCUUUCACUCUUGAUAGCUCUUUCAGCUCGCCUCCGCCCACAGAGAACCCAGUGGUGGGGUUUGCAUCUAUCGGAGAUUCUUCACUUCACAUCAUAUUGAAGAAACUGUUAGACUUCAUUUUGAAGACAGGUGGUGGAUUCCAGCGAGUGAGGACACACCUGUAUGGCUCUCUGCUUUAUUACUUACAGAUUGCCCAGAGGCCGGAUGAACCAGAUACCUUAGAAGUGGCCAAGAAAACCAUGUGGGAAAGGCUGACUGCCCCUGAAGAUGUGUUUAGUAAAUUACAGCGAGAAAACAUAGCCAUCAUCGAGAGCUAUGGUGCUGCCCUCAUGGAAGUGGUCUGUCGAGAUGCUUGUGAUGGUCAUGAGAUUGGAAGGAUGCUGGCGCUGGCUCUCCUUGAUCGAAUCGUCUCCGUGGAUAAGCAGCAGCAGUGGCUCCUAUAUCUGUCUAACAGUGGCUAUCUGAAGGUGCUUGUGGACAGCUUGGUAGAAGAUGACCGUACUUUGCAGAGCCUACUCACUCCACAGCCUCCCCUUCUAAAAGCCCUUUAUACUUACGAAUCCAAAAUGGCAUUUCUCACAAGAGUGGCCAAGAUUCAGCAGGGUGCUUUAGAGCUGCUGAGGUCUGGCGUGAUUGUGAGGCUGGCACAGUGCCAAGUCUAUGACAUGCGCCCAGAAAUGGACCCACAGGGCAUGUUUGGCAUGAGAGACCCCCCGGUGUUCAUCCCUACUCCAGUAGACCGAUACCGCCAGAUUCUCCUCCCGGCUCUUCGCUUGUGCCAGGUCAUCCUUACGUCCAGCAUGGCUCAGCACUUGCAGGCAGCAGGGCAGGUGUUGCAGUUUCUCAUUUCUCAUUCAGAUACCAUACAAGCAAUUCUGCGCUGUCAGGACAUUAGUGCAGGGUCUUUGCAGGAACUGGCUCUGCUGACGGGAAUUAUAAGUAAAGCAGCACUUCCUGGUAUACUAAGUGAACUUGAUGUUGAUGUAAAUGAAGGAUCACUAAUGGAACUACAGGGACAUAUUGGAAGAUUCCAGCGCCAGUGCUUAGGACUACUAAGUCGCUUUGGUGGCUCCGACAGACUGCGUCAGUUUAAAUUUCAAGAUGAUAAUGUGGAGGGAGAUAGAGUGAGCAGGAAAGAUGAGAUCGAACUGGCUAUGCAGCAGAUUUGUGCUAAUGUCAUGGAAUAUUGCCAGUCACUCCUGUUACAGAGUUCCCCUACCUUCCAGCAUGCUGUGUGUCUCUUCACGCCCAGCCUUUCAGAAACCAUUAACAGAGACGGGCCCCGACAAGAUACCCAAGCUCCAGUGGUUCCAUACUGGCACCUGCCUGGUUUGGGCAUUAUCGUCUACCUGCUGAGACAGAGCGCUAAUGAUUUCUUCAGCUAUUAUGACAGUCAUCGACGGAGUGUCAACAAGCUACAGAACGUCGAGCAGCUUCCCCCAGAUGAGAUAAAAGAGUUAUGUCAGUCCGUGAUGCCUGCUGGUGUUGAUAAAAUCUCCACUGCCCAGAAAUAUGUUCUAGCAAGACGGCGUUUGGUGAAGCUGAUCAACAAUCGAGCUAAACUGCUUUCCCUUUGUUCUUUCAUCAUAGAGACCUGCCUGUUUAUUCUCUGGCGCCAUCUGGAGUACUACUUGUUACACUGCACACCCACCGACUCUCAGGAUUCCUUAUUUGCCUCCAGGUCCUUAUUUAAAAGCAGAAGGCUACAAGAUUCCUUUGCUUCGGAAAGCAAUCUGGAUUUUAGAAGUGGGUUAACUACAGUGAGCCAGCAUGAUAUAGACCAGCUUGGAUUUACUCUUGGCAACGUGGUGGGAAUGUAUCUGGCUCAAAACUAUGACAUACCAAACCUGGCUAAAAAACUUGAAGAAAUUAAAAAAGACGUGGACGCUAAGAAGAAACCCCCUAGUUGCUGAAGCCAACUCCAGCACUGCCUUCUGGAUAAACUGUGUACUGUUCUCCAGGGCCUCCUUUACCGUCUGAACCAAAAGCUUUUGUUUUAAUCUCCAGCCUCAGCAGUUUUCGUUUUCGCUAGACCUUGCAUUGCCUUACAGCACAAAAGGGACCAGAAGUUAAGAACGACCCUUAUUUCUCCCAACAUCCUCACUUCUUCCCUUCCUCCUUCCAGCCUCUUGGGAGGUCCUGAGAAUGGAAUCAUGGUGCUCAAUUAGUUAUCAUACCUUUAGUUAGUAGUCUCUCCCUUAUUCUUUGAGAUUUCUACUACCUUUUCCAAAAGAAAAAUGGAUGAGUUUUGUGUAGUUGAUGAGAUCCAAAUAAUGCGUGUUUCAGAGUCUGGUAAUUAUAAUGGGUUUUUAAACGUUUGGUACUAAAUUAUGUUGUUUCACAGUAGUAAUUAAAAUGAAAAUCUGGAAGCUAAUUUCUGUGAAUUAUCUACUGAUUUUAUAUCAUCAGGAAGCGCCAUAGUUGCUAAUUUCACCAAUAAAUCAAUUUACUAUUCAUUAACCAAGAAACUGUGUUCUGAGAACCCUAUCAGGAAUUGGGGAAUUUAAAAGUAUUUAAAAUAAUGGUCUUUGUCUUCAGUAGAAUUCAUAAUCUAGUGUGCCUGUUUUUUCUAGAUGUAUUUGAUCUGGCUCUUUUCAGUCAUGAGAAAUCAUAGUUAAUGGGAUUACAGGUACCUUUGACAUUACAUGGUAGAUCUAUGAGAAGUUGUUUAUAAAGGAAGUUUUCUGCAUUUUUGCAUUAAAAGUGUGCACAUUAUAACUUCAGAGUGAUUCUCAUAAGACUGUGUGUUUUUCCUGCAAUCAGAAAUCACUCUUGUAAUUUUUCAAAUGCAUACUCAGUCCAUAAAAUUUUUUAGAUGUAAAAAAAAAGUUUAAAUGCAUAACUUUCCUCUGGGUCAAUACGAAAGUGGUUUGUAUUAUCCUCCAACUCCUAGUUCCUCUCACUGGGGUCAGACAUUGUUGCUAGUUUCCUGUAUCCUUUUGAGAAAGAUUUUGUGCCUAAAUACACACACAUGCAUGGGGGUUUUUAUACAAAUAACAACAAACUGUAUACAGAGUCUUCCCCGGUGAGGAUCAUUACAUAGCAGUAUGGAAGGAACAAAGAACUGUUUCCAUUUUUUGGCUGCAUAAGGUUGUACUGAAUGAAUAUACUAUAAAAUGCAUUUAAUCUGCUCCUGAGGAACGCUUAGGUUUUUUUCCUGUCUUGCUACUACAGUGGUAACGUAAAACUUGAUGUUAUUAUGCUUGUCAAUGCAGAGGGAUAGCUCCAUCCUGAAGUCCUAGAAGGGUAAUUUGCACUAAAUAUAAAUAAAGUCGCAUCUCAUUGGGCGUUUUGUUUUAGAGAGCUUGUUGGGCAGCUUUGCUGAUAAUGCCAUUUCUGAAGACAUUUUAGCAGAAUCAGUAACCUGAAAGAAUGGCUUAGAGACCUUUUUUUCAGACAGUGAUGCCACUAAUACUGUGAUGAUAAAAUGAAGUGAUUCUGCUUCUCUUGAAAAACAUGGAUCUUUCAUACAUGGAGAUGAGUUUUGUCCCUGUCGAGUUGUACUGGUGUGUGGGACAGAUUAGGUCAUACUGUGGACUGGCUUCUCCAUUGAAGUGUGAUCAGGGGCAAGCAGCUUAUUUUUCUGAAACUGUUGUAUUCUCUGUACCUACCUCAGAGGGCUUCCAUGAGAAACAGCUGAAAUAAUGUGUGUGAUGUGUAUGUAGCACAGUGCUUUGCAAAUUAUCCAAUAAAUAGUAGAUACUAGUCCAAA